UCCAUGGUGACUUGUGCUAUUUUUAGAACAUGCACGCGGGCGACCAAUUUCCCCCCUGCGGGCGACUUAGUGCCCGCGGGCACCGCGUUGGCUACCCCUGCUAUAGAUGUUUACAGCUCUUCCAACAGCUUCUCACUUUAGCUACUUAACCUUUUAUCAUGAUUAAUGUAGAUUCAUGUAAAUCAACGUCUCACAAAUUGCGGGGCUUGUAGGUGAAGCAACAAUGAAAUUAAAGGACAUCUACCAAAAACUAACUGUUUCCUGUCCGCUCCCACAGCACCCUUGGUGGACUCCAGCCCCAGACACAGCAGCUCGGCCAUGCUGAUGCUCCUAUCAGUGGUGUUCCUGGGUCUAGCAGUGUUCCUCAUCUACAAAUUCAAGAGAAAAAUACCUUGGAUCAACAUAUACGCUGAGGUGAACCAGGAGAAGGAACAGGAGAUGAUUGGGUCGGUCGGCCAGGGCGACAGCACGCCUAAAAUCACUCUGAGUGAGUUCUCCGCAUCCAAAGAACUCAUGGAGAAAGAACUGGACCCCAGGAUCAAAAGGGGAGUUGGAAACGCCUGCGAGAGCACAAGGGAGAUUCCCAACUGUACUAGCGUGUAAAGCUGGAGAGCGACAGUUUAUGUACAGCCAAGUGUCACAGUGUCGGGGUUCUCUUUUUCUGUUUUGUAAUUCUCAACACAACUGAUGUUAAUAGUUUUCUAAGGGACCUCAUUUAUACUGACUUGCACGGAUGCCUCAUUCAGCAAAAUCCACGCAGAAAAAUGUCAAUUUACUCGAUGAGAUCAGUGUCGUAACUGGCAUAUACAGUUUUGUGGAUAAGCUACAUUCAUUCACAGAGUGAAAUACCUUUGGUCCACACCUGUGAAGAGUUCUGUACAUUUCAUAAGGAGUUUGCUUUGAGAAUAAUUUCUGCCUAUAUAUAGACUAUAAUGUCUGAGUCUUCAAUCUAACAGGGAAUAUUAUUGAAAUGUACAAUAUUAUCAUAUGUUCUGUUAAAUGUAUAUAUUAUUACUUUCUACCUGAUCGUAGUCUAAGUACCAUGGACAACAGAUGAUCUGGUCUGUUUUUGAAAGUAUGUUAAAACAUUGCUUAAAGAAAUCAACUUUGUUUCGCUAAGGUUCUUGACUUGUGCAUGUUCUUAUUGAGGACAGGAUUUCUGUGUUGUAGAUAAGCAAGUGUUGUAAAUAGUUGUUUUCUAAUCCUCCCUCAAAGAGCCCAAUGGAUUUUACCCACACUUCUUCUGUUUUGCCCUCGUUUUCUGCAGUUACUGUUGGGCGAUAAGUAUCUUGUAGAAAAGGUUUAUCUGUAAAUGCAGGUAGAAUUCUAUUGAAAUAAUGCAGUAUUAACGUCCCACUAUUUCCCUGGAAAGAAAUACAAACAUGUCCAAUGUGUUUCAUUAGAUAUAUACAAUAGAUAUUCAGUGAUGUUUACACAGAUUCCAUCCUUGCCAUUGGUCUCAUUACAUUACCUUCUGCCUGUUGGACAAUGACUCAGAUUGUGCAUCAGAAAUAAUUUCUAUUGUGGUGACCAGUGAUCAAAUUCACAAUAUGCAUAUGUUGGGAGAACAUUGAUGCUAUUCAAUCCAAAAUAACAUUAUAAGUUAUGUGUACGUCCUCAGAAAUACCACGAACAGAAGGUUGGGUUCUGAUAGCUGGUUCCACUUUGGUUGCUGUUUGGGAAAUAACUAUAUGAAUCAAUCGAGUGGUGCACUGAUGACCUUUUAUUGUUGGCGGACCCUGAAGUGAGCAUCGCAAGGGCUCCUUCAACAAAAAGCUAUUUAAUUAUUUAAUAGAUUUUUAAAAAUUGCAAAUAAUAAGCGCUGUGACAAAACACACGUUUAUGAUACGUGUUUUGUUCACCAUGUUAAUCUCCACAUAUAAACACCAAUUUGUGAUUUUUGGAGCUAAACAUGUAAUUGCCAGAACUGGAAGCUAACAUUAAGCUAUUAACAAACUGCAUGAAAUUCAAAUGACCUAACUACAAACACGUUAAAAGAAAGUUGACUUUUAGGCGAGUGAACCGGAAGCAAUACAAUGCUAACUCAUUCCCGAUUCAGGACUCAUUCCUGCACCACUCAAUACAAUACUGAGUGUAAACAAUAAUGAGUUUCAGUUAUUUAUGAAUGCCAGUAACUGCCACGUGUUUAAAGCUACACCUAAUACUGAUAAAACCCCAAGAAGGCCUAUAGUACAUAAAUAUUUGUAAGCAUAUACCAUUGUUUGUGUUAUAUUGAAUAUACACAAUCAAAAACAAAUACUUUUUCAGAAAUGAAUAUACCUGAAACUUGAAAUGAACUCUCGCUGGUUGUUCACUUGGUUCUUUGCUCAGGGUUUUGCUGUCGGCUCCAUGCAGGGGAGGAGGGUUGAUUUACUUGACAGCUAAUUUUGCCCCACAAACAUUCUCCUUCAUUACGACAAGAAAACUGCAUCUUAUCUCAAAAGUGAGUCAUCAAUAAGGCACAGUGAGCCAACGUUCUACCCUGUCCCAAGAUCAGAUUCACAGACGAUUUUGACUUAUAAUAUUAGAGCAAAAGGAGUGCCAUAACGUUCAGCUUGGUGCAAUUUGCUUUAUUUUGUGGAAGGAGAGGGGAAAAAAUGUAUAUAUGUUUUCGCUUUUAUAAUACCCCAAAUUGUCAUUCGUGGUUUUCUUUCUUUGUUUUUUUCAAAAACGACAUGCAGAGACGCUUUCUUCAUUUAUUUUUCAUCAUAAAACUGUCCUUACAUCCUGUCACUGCAAACCCACAAUAAACGAGUUUGAGCGGAGCAUGACGAAGUCUUCGCCUGGCUACAGUCAUGAGAGUAAUAAUUCCACUGGAGUGAAUUGGAGCGCCUUUAAGGCUCAUAUUAUGCCAAAUGCAUGCAUACUGUAUGACUUAACUGAAAUCAGUGCAAAUGUCAAAUGUGAGGGUGCAUUUCACCCUUUGUGGAGUAUUUUAUCUUAUUUGCACAUGGUUUAGUGGUUAGGAAAAGCCACGCAAUCCUGUUGUGAAAUUGCCCCUUCCUUUAAAAAGACUAAAUCCACUCUCCAUGGGGCCAUCAUGGUUCUUUAACAACCCAACGCUUAAAUCACUGCUUUGCUUUAAGUUUUAAAUGAGGAGGUAACAUCCUCCCAGCAUGCACCACUAUCCCAUCAGAGCUGUUUUCUUACUGACUGGCCUCGGGAUGAUUCCCGCUAGCCUCUUGGUAUCCAGCAUGGUGAUAAUCAGAGAAAGCUGGACACCUGAGCAGAGCGUGCCCCAUGCAGAGCUUUCCCACAAUGCUCAGCUGAAGUAAACAGCACUUGCAGGCUAAGCGAGAGGGGACAGAGGAACACAAAGGCAUAGGCUGUCACAUCACAUAUUCAUUACCCAAACACAGCGUUCUCAUCUCAAACCAAACAGCCAAGCCUUGUUAGUGCAGACAGAAUACACAUUGAACAAAGAUUGUUUUAUAGCUUUGUUGUAUUCAUCACAUGCCAUAAGCAGAGAGUUGUUUGCCUUGCUGGAUUUUCUUAGCAUGGGGUUUUUGAUGCUGUCUUUCUUCUGAUUUGUAUUAGCAAAACAGGAUUAGGACAAACAGAAAUAAAACUUUUGAAAAGUUGUAAAAAGUUUGUACUGAACAAUCCUACUUGUACUGUAUUGUUUUGGUCCUUUUUCGCCCCUCCUGGAUCCUUUGAAAUUGUAAAGAAUGUAUGAUGACUUCACUUAGAGCCAGGCCAUGAUGCUUUUGCAAGGUACAGAAUUCGGUACUCCAAAAAAAGUCUCAAAGAAUAGCCACUGAACAUGUUCAUAGACUUCAUUGGUCAUUCCAUCACCACAUUGAUCACUGGACAUUUCUGUCUAAUCUGACUUCUCAAAAAUCCAUGAUAUUCUGUAAAAUCAUCCAGAAAAUGAAAGAGAUUCUUGCUUUCGUGAUAUUUCCGAAGGCAUAAGCAUUGUAAUGUUCUUCAUUGCACAAAAAUCUACAAUGCAUGCAUCAUCAGUAAUGUUUUGUUUCAUCUUUAUUUCCAUAUUUCUACGGUAAGGAAACUGUCAUUUUGAAAUUGUUUCAAAUAAAUGUAUUUUUGUACAUCAA